UCAUCCCGGACCCGGAUGUGCGAGAGGAAUUUCUAACUCCAUCGUCCCAGCCGAAAAGUGAAAAUAGUGCUUAAAUCUCUUAAAAAUAAAGUUAAAAAAUACAAGUAUUUGCAGUGGAUGCGGAAGCUCUUUUGUGUGACGCACGCCGCUCUAGUUUCUUUUAAGUGCGUGAAACAUCUCGAUGUGGGUUUAGUGUUGUGACUGGAAAUUUCUCCUCCGAUAUCGCUCCGAAAACUUCAUGAAUUCAUCUUCAAGGAGGAAUUGCUUACAACGACUGGCCAGUCACAAGGACACAGAGUUUUCAAAACACAGCAUCAUGAAGACUAUGGAGAACUUCGUGACGGCCGUGCAGGACAUGGAAGAGACGAUCCUAGUUCCAUGUCGGCUCAUGGACCUGAAAGUCGGCGACAUGGCCGACACGACGGACCUGAAGAUGGAAGGCAAGCGCGCCAUGGCCAGCUCGGACCUCUACAGCAUGUACACCAUGGUCAACUCGGUCAAGAACCAACUCCUGUGGGGCAGCAAGGACAGCCCCGUCCCCGAAUCUCAACCCUCCCCAGUCACGCAGGUUUCGCAGUCACAGAAAACCCACGUCCGCAGGCCGUCGACCGCCUCAGUGUCGUCGACCAACUCCUCAGGUUCGACCAUCAGCGACACCGACUCCGAAGUCGGGCUCGAGAAUGACUCCGGUAUCGAGGGCGAAUCUGAAACUAGUAAAUGCAAUUACAUUCGCUUCGUCGAGGACGAUUUCCGAAGGCACCUUCGAGGACUCCACCAUUCCCUCAAGCAGAUGACCGAGGCUGCGCGAUAUCUCACCAGUAGGUACCAAAACGACGUCGGCGGCGCUGUCUGAUGUCCGUCGGGAUGAGUGCAUGGACUGCAUCCUCUAUUUUUAUUUUUUCCUUUUUUUCUCUCGUCUUUUUUUAUCAUCUCUGAAUUUUUUUUACGUUGCGUCGCGUUUGGAGGCAGCUUUUUGUAAUAUGUUUUGUUCGCUCGGAGGGUUUGCAAUCUUCGCGGAAAUCGAAACUACUUGUGAUUCAUUAUUUUAUAAAUUUCGUCGAAGUAAUUGUAAGAUUCCUCUCCUUUGUGUAUUUUUUUACCAUUUAUUUUAUUUAUUUUUAUAUUCCUAAAACUUGAUAUCCUUCGUUUUGCAUUCUUCGUGAAGGAAGAGAAAGUCGAGUGCGGUUAGCUUUCAUACCGAUGUACCAUACUCUUUUUCCGAUCAUCUCUCGACCGAGUACUGUUUAUAUUUUUUAUUGUUUCGUCUUGUCCGAAAUAAAUUGUACUGCGUGAGGUGAGAAGGAAAAUUAACGUGGUGCUCAUUCAUCGUCAGAUGUAAAAAGAAUAAAUAGAUACCUUGAAAAAAAUUGAGGUGUAAAAAAAGAAUUGAGAGAAAAAAAAGAGCGUGGCUGCUCCUUUGAAUUCUGUGAUCUAAACUUUAUAAGUAGACUGUCGCUAGCUGGCGGUCGGAUUUUAUGUUUGAUUUAAAAAAUCAGCUCAAAAUUUAUUGAGGUUUAAUCGCUUUCACCAACACCAACUCUUGUACCAUUUUGACGUAUUGAAAUGUAUGAAACCCCAUGGCUGUGUUUUAAUUUUCUAUGGAAGAAUUCUUUUAAAAAUUGAUAAUUCACAUCCCUCGAACCGCCCAUUUUUAUCUCUCGUCUUUUCAUUUGUACGUACAUUUUUUAAAUUAACUUCAAACUGAUGUGCUCUGGCUUCUAUGAAGCGCUUUCUAUAUCCAGAUACCAGCUUACUGUCAUUGUAUACGGCAUGAAAUUCUUUCAUUAUCGCAAAUUGUUGCAUUUCUCAUAUUGUUAACCUCAGGUUCUAUCAUAAAACAGAGUAUGAAGCUCUGUCUUUUAUCUUUAAUCUUGCAUUCUUCGAAAGAACCUUGGCGGAGAGAACUCCAUCAUUUUUAUUGCAUAUCAGCCUCCUCUGCAUUCUGUUUUAAGCCGUUCAACAUGCUCUUCCACCGUAAACUGUGGUAACAUUAGUAAAGUACUUUUACUUUCAUCUAAAGAAUUUAAAGUUUAUCUCAAAAGCUAGACUAGAAGGAGUGAACGUCAAGUUUUACAAAUAUGUUGGAGUUCUAUUCCCGAGUAGUUCCAUUAUUCUGAUUUAUAUUAUUUUCCUGUGCAACUCACCAGCAAACCAGACCUCUUUGUCAGAUGAAUUAAAGCGAAAGAAUGUUCAUGUUUUAAUUUCCUUUCAAAUAGUUUUUAAAAAGAAACUAGUCUUAGCUUGAAAUAGAGGUAGUUGAGAUGACUGAUUUGUGUAGUUUUCAAAUUGUACGAAAAUCUGACCCAAAAUGUCGAAUGAGAUGAAUGGAUAGUGCGAGGGGCCUUAUUUUUGUAUGAUUUGUCAAUUGCACUGAAUUGACUACUUAGCAAGUUCUUGUAAGUAGUCCAUAAGAGAGGCGAGUAAGCUAUGAAUUGUGAGUAGCCUUGUUUCUUUUACGUACUUUAGUUGAAUUUGAAGUGAAUAUAAUUUGCUUCUGUAUUUAUUGCUCAGUUAAAAAGAUAAAUCUAACUUAAUCUAAUUUUUUCUUUUUUUUAAAGUCAGUGUUCAGUUGGAUUCUCAUGUAAGUAUGUUCACGUAACGCAAAGACUAUCAACUUUCAGAUUUUCCUAGAUGCCAAUAUUUUGUGGUUAAAGCUUAUAGCUCAUUGCUCAUGUUCUGUAAAUGCAACACAAUGUUUAUAUAUGCAUAAUAGGCAGCUGCACUAUUCUCAUUUCUCACUCUAGAAGAAUAUUAUUAGAUUUACAUUUUUUCUGAAUGGUAAGUGGAGAGUGCACUCAGCACCGAAGCUUUUUCUAACUUUAGGUACUUUAAACAAUCAUUUUGAAAGUCUGUUUUUUUGCUAUAAAACGCUUUUUUGAGCAUCCUAUCUUUCCAAAAUUGUGCCUAAGAAUCUAGUUUUCCAUUAUUGUACGCCACUGAAAUGCUGUCUGCUUAAUUAUUCUAAUCAUAUGUACACUCAGCCAUAUUAGAAGGAUGCCAUUUCCUUCUUCCCUUAUCAUUGAUUGUUGAGGGCAGACUGGAAGAAAACAAAUGUAUCUCUAUAGUGCUUUGACCACUGCAAAUAAUGGAUUUCAAUGAAUUUUUGUACAGACAUCAUUUCUAUUUGAUAGCUAAGUUUAAGUGCACAUAGUUACAGAUUAUCUUCAAUUUUGUAAUUUUAAUUGCAUAAGUAGUUGUAUGUAAUUAGAAUACCAUAUUUAUAGUAAAAAAUAAAGAAAAAAUUGUUGAGUACCUUA